GGAGGCUGAGAAGUCCAAGAUCAAGGUGCUGGCUUAUUCAGUUCCCGGUGAGAGCUCUCUUCUUGGCUUGCAGACAGCCAGCUUCUUCUUAUGUCCUCAUACUGUCUUUCCUUGGUCCAUACAGGGGAGCUGGAACAUCUCUUUCAGUUCUCCUGAAGCCACUAAACCCAUCAUGAGGACUCUACCCUAGGGUGUUAGUCUUAAUUCUAAAUUACAUCCUAAAAGUCCAAUUUAAAUACCAUCACCUUGAGGUUUAAAUCUUUAACUUAUGCAUUUCGAAGGGACAGAAAUAGUCAAUCCAUAACAGUUGAAUUUUAUGUCAGAAAGUUUCAACAACAACACAAAUUUUAAUAUGUGGUAUUGGAAGAAAAGUUUUCAUAAGUGCAACUUCUUCAUUUUAUAUAUGUGUUUAUACAUUGUGUUGAAAUUCAUUUAAAAUUACAUUUACUUUAAAAGGGGUUUGAAAAAUUUCUCUUUAAAGGAAUCUUGUGAUUUCUUUUGCAAAACGUUUUUUGGUAAUCAGAAUCAUCGUUCUAUAAUUUAUUUAUCUGUUUUAUAAAUUUGGAUGCUGACACAAUUGAUUUUCUCAAUUCUUCAUAUGGAGGGACUUGCUGUAAUUCCUCUUUAGGAUGUAUAUUUACUGUAUGAAAUGAAAACGUAGGCUGAAAGUCAUAAAAUACAUAAAUUUUAAGCUCUUGUCUAUCUACAUAUAUGAGCAUGAAUUUUAAAAAGAUAUCUUUUUUCCCAGUUUAUUUAAAUUGUUGCCUCACAAAUAUGCAAAACAACUUUAUCUAGUAAACGUUCCUCUUGCAUUAACAGCAAAAGGAGAAUGUAUGAAGGAUACCGGAAGCGAGAAACAAAGUCCGCUCUAGCCCUCCUGGACUAGCCUAAAAGCAGACGGGCAGGAAAGGCUUUGAGACAUAGGAUGAUUUGCAAGGUGACUCCGCCGGUCUCAUUCAAGCGGUAGCGAUACACAGGUCAGCCCGGAUCGUCUAUGGUCGCUGCCGUGACACUAACAGAAUAUAUCAGAAAAUCACUGCCUUUAAAGAACGAGGACAUGUCAUCCCUUUCUCCAACGAAGUCUUAUAUUUUACCAUUCUGCGUGUAUUAUAAAGCUAAAUUUAAAUAGCAACAAUAAGAAGUCUCCCCCAGUGGAUCCCUUGAGCUUUUCGGGAAAAUGUAGAUUUCUGGCUGACAGGAAGAAGAAACAGCAUCCAAUCGGCACUUGUGUCUCAAUGACCAAUCAAAUUUCGCCUUACAUUGCAUCGCUGGGAGAAACGGAGCUGGACGACUACGUCUCUCGGCCUGUGGCUGCUGCUGUUACGUGGAUGGGCGAGCACCUCUGAGGCUGUCUCUGUUACCUGGGCAAUAAGGGACUAGCAGUUCAGCCCUUCUCUGUGCCUGCUGGAUUUGUUUGUAUUUGUUCCCAGCCUCUGCUCAUGUAAUGCACUCCCUUAACCAGGAAAUUAAAGCAUUCUCCCGGAAUAAUCUCAGGAAGCAAUGCACCAGGGUGACAACGCUAACUGGAAAGAAAAUUAUAGAAACAUGGAAAGAUGCCAGAAUUCAUGUUGUGGAAGAAGUAGAGCCGAGCAGUGGGGGUGGUUGUGGUUAUGUGCAGGACCUUAGCUCGGACUUGCAGGUUGGCGUUAUUAAGCCAUGGUUGCUCCUAGGGUCACAAGACACUGCUCAUGAUUUGGAUACAUUGAAAAAGAACAAGGUGACUCAUAUUCUUAAUGUUGCAUAUGGAGUUGAAAAUGCUUUCCUCAGUGACUUUACAUAUAAGAGCAUUUCUAUAUUGGAUCUGCCUGAAACCAACAUCCUGUCUUAUUUUCCAGAAUGUUUUGAAUUUAUUGAAGAAGCAAAAAGAAAGGAUGGAGUGGUUCUUGUUCAUUGUAAUGCAGGAGUUUCCAGGGCUGCUGCAAUUGUAAUAGGCUUCCUGAUGAAUUCUGAACAAACCUCAUUUACCAGUGCUUUUUCUUUGGUGAAAAAUGCAAGACCUUCCAUAUGUCCAAACUCUGGCUUCAUGGAGCAGCUUCGUACAUAUCAAGAGGGCAAAGAAAGCAAUAAGUGUGACAGAAUACAGGAGAACAGUUCUUGAGUUGCCUUAUAGCAGACAAUGGACAACUGUAGUUUCUGAACUGGCUUCUAUAGCCAUCUUUUCCCUUCUUUGGAGAGUAGCAAAACUCCCUUUUUUCUCUUGCCUUUUUUAUGCAUAAAUGGAGGUCAAUUUGAAUGUCCUGACCUACUGUAUAAGUAAAUUUCAAAUGUCAUUACUUUCUCUUUGUUAUUAUAAUGUGUGGUUAAAUGCUUUUUUAAAUUGCUAAGGGAAAACAACAAAUUAUUAGUAAUCAUUGUUUUCUGUAGAAGAAAAAGGUGUACAUUUAAAAUGUGUAUUUAGAGCAUGGAGAGAAUCAUUUAAUUAAUAAGCCUAUUUUUCUGUUCCAGCAACGGUUUUUAUUAAGGAAAAGCUUGAAGUGCUACUUAACUUACUAUUUCAGAGGGAAGUAAAUUUCUUUUUAAAGAAUCUUUUUAAGAUUAAAAAUGAAUACCUUAAAUCUCCCAAAAGAGAUAACCAGUAUCUGAAGGUUUAUACAAUAUUUAUAUAGUGGCUACACUAUUCACAAAAUUCCUGUGUUCUCUUAUGAAAAAUAUACACUUUUCAUUUUGUUUUCUUCCUCUUCUUUCUUCUUCUUCUUCUUC